AUGGUGGGAGCCUUAGAAGCUUUGAUAUCUCAAGGUCAUGGAGGGGAGAGAGUGGCUAAGAGACAACGCUCGGCGACAUUGCUAGAUCUUGAUAUCCUCGAUUGUCCUAUUUGCUGUGAAGGAUUGACGUGUCCUAUCUUCCAGCCAAUGGAGAAUAUUCUUGAAUCGAUAUUGGUCACAUGCCCAAACGACAUGUUUGGUUGCACCGAGAGUUUCUUAUAUGGGAAAAAAUCAACUCAUGAAGAAGAAUGCAUUUUCUCUCUAUGCUCAUGCCCUUCAUUGGACUGUGAGUACUCCGGCCGAUACGAGGAUCUCUAUGAUCACUAUAAACUGACUCACAUCUCGAACUCAUACUGGACCACUAACUGCUUUAGAUCUAGCAUUCCAUAUAAGGCCCCGAUGCUUAUCAGCGAUAAGAUACAAAUUACAAGGGUAUAUGAGAAGAAAAUAUUGUUUGCAGUGCAGUGUUUUAGGGAGUCGUGUGGUGUGUAUGUAACCGUAAGCUGCAUUGCACCAUCUGCUCCAGAAGUUGGACAGUUCUCAUAUCAAAUCUCCUACACUGUGGAUGAACACACUAUGGUUUACAGAUCACCACAAAUGAAGAGGGUUCGUAAAGUGAGUUUUGAAACACCUCAAGAGAAUUUCAUGUUGAUACCUCACAAUUUAUUGCGUAGUGAAUUGUUGGAUAUUAAGCUUUCUAUCGUCGAAACGUCGAACCAAGAGUAA